CGGGCGGGCGGGCAGCCGCUGGGGGUGGCGGGAUAGGCUGGGCGCGGCCGGCGCUGCGGACCCGUUGCUGCUGUCCAGGUCCGGGCGGCCGAAGCCACUGCGUCCCGCCGACACCAUGGGCAACUGUCACACGGUGGGGCCCAACGAAGCGCUAGUGGUUUCAGGGGGCUGUUGUGGUUCUGACUACAAACAGUACGUGUUUGGCGGCUGGGCCUGGGCCUGGUGGUGUAUCUCCGACACUCAGAGGAUUUCCCUAGAGAUUAUGACGUUGCAGCCCCGCUGCGAGGACGUAGAGACGGCCGAGGGGGUAGCUUUAACUGUGACGGGUGUCGCCCAGGUGAAGAUCAUGACAGAAAAGGAACUCUUGGCCGUGGCCUGCGAGCAGUUCCUGGGCAAGAAUGUACAGGAUAUCAAGAACGUUGUCCUACAGACCCUAGAGGGGCAUCUGCGUUCCAUCCUAGGGACCCUGACUGUGGAACAGAUAUAUCAGGAUCGGGACCAGUUUGCCAAGUUAGUGCGAGAGGUGGCAGCCCCAGAUGUUGGCCGCAUGGGCAUUGAGAUCCUCAGCUUCACUAUCAAAGAUGUUUAUGACAAAGUGGACUAUCUGAGUUCCCUGGGCAAGACUCAGACUGCCGUGGUGCAGAGAGAUGCUGACAUUGGUGUGGCCGAGGCUGAGCGGGAUGCAGGCAUCCGGGAAGCUGAGUGCAAAAAGGAGAUGCUUGAUGUGAAGUUCAUGGCAGACACCAAGAUUGCUGACUCUAAGAGAGCCUUUGAGCUACAAAAGUCAGCCUUCAGUGAAGAAGUCAAUAUCAAGACAGCUGAGGCCCAGUUGGCCUAUGAGCUACAAGGGGCCCGUGAGCAGCAGAAGAUCCGGCAGGAAGAGAUUGAAAUUGAAGUUGUGCAGCGUAAGAAGCAGAUUGCAGUGGAGGCGCAGGAGAUCUUGCGCACUGACAAGGAGCUCAUUGCCACAGUGCGCCGCCCGGCUGAGGCUGAGGCCCAUCGCAUACAGCAGAUCGCAGAGGGUGAAAAGGUGAAGCAGGUCCUCUUGGCACAGGCAGAGGCUGAGAAGAUCCGCAAAAUUGGGGAGGCAGAGGCGGCAGUCAUCGAGGCAAUGGGCAAGGCAGAGGCUGAGCGGAUGAAACUCAAGGCUGAAGCCUACCAGAAAUAUGGAGAUGCAGCCAAGAUGGCCCUGGUGCUGGAGGCCCUGCCGCAGAUUGCUGCCAAAAUCGCUGCCCCACUAACCAAAGUUGAUGAGAUUGUGGUUCUCAGUGGGGACAACAGCAAGGUGACAUCAGAAGUAAACCGGCUGCUGGCUGAGCUGCCUGCCUCUGUGCAUGCCCUUACAGGUGUGGACCUCUCAAAGAUACCCUUGAUCAAGAAAGCCACUGGUGCACAGGUGUGAGGCUCCUGCAGGCCCACGCCCUUCAGCAGCCGCCCGCCCCUCCCUUCACCUGUUUUAAUACCACAGGGACAACGGGAACGUUACUGACUCUGGUGCCUUAUUUUGUAGGGACCAGAAGUGCUGCGUGUUUAGGCCAUCUCUGGCUGUCUUCCCUUCUCUCCUGUCUCUUCCUCUUUUCUAUCCUCACUUUCACUGCCACACUCAUCUAAUUUGUGUCUUUCCUCCCUCAUUUCCCUGUGUGUUUCUUUCUCUCCCUUGUYUUCCCUCCCUCUAUGCAGAUCACAUAGUUUAAGCUGAAGAUGUUUAUUACAAUCACUGUCUGUCUGUGGGGGGUAGCCCUGCUGCUCCUCAGAAUCCUGGUGCCUUGAAGUUCUUCCUGUAUCCAUCUGUCCUCCCUGUAUCCCUGGCCAGAGUGCAGCAUAGGUACAGGGGUUCUGGGUAGGACAACCUCUCUCCCUUCUCCUGGCCUGGUUUUCCCUGAAUACUCCUCUAGGAAGUCUAUAGACCACCCACUUUCCUCUAGACCUGCGUAGCCAUGGCCUAUAGGGCCCAGGGCCAUUGCCCUUUACUUCUUCCCUCCCCAGGCCAGGCCUGCUCUCAUUACUACCCCUUUCUCCCUGACCCCAGGGGCACAGAGGCAAGGCCUCCUGUCUAUAGCAGCUUCCUCAGUUUACUACUGCCUUAGGAGGCCCUGCUUGUGCUCACAGAAGUUCCCUUCAUGGAAAAGUCCCUACUAGGUGGUCUUGGUCCCAACUUCACUAAGCCUUUCUGGGGUCAGGCUCUGAACCUGUUGGAGACAGCUUCAUGCUAGUGCUGCACUGUCCUGGGUAUGUGACCCUUCCAGUGGGCAAGGCUGUGCCAACCCUGUACAGAAUCAAGUGCCGUAAAUUGGCCAGAUCCCGUUUCCCCUUGUGCCAUCUUUCUUCCUGGCCAGAGUGAUAGGGUUCCAGCCAUGGGAAGCAGCUCAGUCUUCUGUCUCAUUGCAGUAGUGGAGAUAGAAGAGACCAGGGCCCAAGCAUCCCGCCAGGGGUGCUAUGAGUGUCCCACAGCCCUAGUCCCCUACCUGUGGCCCUGCCCCAGCCUGUGUAGCUAUUCUGCAUGUGGAUGCUGCAUGUCUGGUCUGGGGCUUGGAUGUUGCACUGCCCCACUGCCUGUCCCCUCUGGUAAAAUAAAGAUCUCUUA